GACAUAACCGCCGGUGGAUCUGUUGCGGCCAUGGAGGAGAGCGGCGCCGUACGCCGGCAAAAGUUCUUCAAAAUCCUCCUGCCGGGCUCCUUCGAGUCCAGCCUGUCUCUGCCGCCCAAGUUCGCGGCGCGCCUGGACCAGCCGCCGGUGCUCGCCGUCGCCACGCUGCGCGACCCCACGGGCCGGUCGUGGCACGUGGGCCUCGUCCGGCACGGCGCCGCGGGCCUGCGCUUCGACGGGAAGGGGUGGCGCAGCUUCGUCGCCGGCUGCAGCCUCUCCGCCGGCCAGCUCCUCGUCUUCGACCACCUCGACGACCUGAGCAAUCAAUCGCCGGCGAGCUUUAUUGGUUCGUGAUAGAAAAAAGAUGUAAUGUGUUGGGUUUAUGGAAUUGGAUUUUGAAUCAACUCUUCUGAUUUCACUCACCCGGGGAUGGAAAAGGAAGUAGGGAAGAGAGAGCGACCGGUUCAAACUCCAGUUUAAAAUUGGAUCGACUGUACUGGCUGACUAUCACUAAUGGAAUUCUAAUGUACGCCAGGUGUCAUGCACUUCGCCGAGUGUUAAAACACGGACACUCGACAAAGAAAAUAACGCCGAGAGUCACUCUUGGCAAACCUAGCUUCAGGGCAAACUGCCUUCUUUGCUGUGACUGCCUCAUGGCAAAGAGGCACCACACGGCAAACCCUGCAGACGCCGAGAGCUGCUCAGGGCAAAGAGGAGCUACGUGGCAUGCACGUCCGAAACAGAUGGCUCCGUCAGUUACUGUGUACAUCACCGAGAGCCCACGAACUGCACUCGGCAAAGUAUAUGCCACAUCCUAUUUUCUUUUGUGUGUGCGUUCUUUCUAACUGACAUGUGGUCCCACUGGUCACAUUUAUCAAUAAAAGUUUCAAAUAA